GCCCCCAGUCGUCACCCCAUCAAAGCAAUCCCAGCACCUCCAGCUAAUCAUAACAGCCGCUCGAGCACUCGAUCCGAUUCGAUCAUCUCUCCCGAGCUCCCCGUUCUUCGAUCUCCGUCCAUGGCGCCGUCCAUCUCCAUCGCCGCCGCGGCGCCGGCCUCGGGCUGGAAGGGCGGCAGGAAGGCCGGGGCGGCGCCGGCGGAGGGCGAGGCGGAGACGGAGGCGCUGCUGCUGCGGCGCCGGAACGCCGAGCUGGAGCGGGAGGUGGCGCUGCUGCGGGCGGAGCUCGAGGCCGCGCGGCUGCGCGCCGAGGCCGCGGAGGAGGCCGAGGAGCGGCUGUGCGCGCAGCUCGGCGAGGCCGAGUGCGAGGCCCUCGAGCUCGCGCGCGCGUACCAGGGCCGCGUCCAGGAGCUCGCGCGGGAGCUCGCCGCCGCACGCAGCUGCUAGUGUUGCGUGGCACCGGACCCGCUUGGAGGAGGCGGAGAGGCAGGCAGAGCGCGUGGCCGAGCUCGUCGGUGAUUCUUUGACGAUCGACGAAGAGACGUGUCACGCUGUCGACACACGCGGUGUCGCGGCAGUAUGGAUUGUUAGACAAAUGUACUGUAAAACGAAACGAGGUUAAUUAGUUUCUUGUACGAGCAAGAUGUCAGUGUUUGUAACUUGUACGACUAAAAUUGAAUAGCAGGCGCGGAAGUAUAUAUUCGGAAA